AUGUUAAGUGAUUUAAAGAAUGUUGAUGAUGGUGGUUCAUGGCAGAAACUGAUGGAGGAGUUUGAAUCAGUAACAAAUAGUGAAAGGCAGAGGCUGAGGAAACUAACUGAGAUUGUGUUGGAAGGGUUUAUAAAUCGCUUAACCAAUGGAAAUACCAAAGGGACGAAGAAACAGAAGAUGAUCAUUGAGAAAAAGCUGGGUACCAAACGUUGCGUCGGGACUGGAAUGGAAACUUGUGUUGAAGAUGGAGAAGAAGAGUUGAUCACCAGGAACACAAAGAAGCCCAAGACAGGCAACAAUGAAAACACCCAGAAGCCGAAGCUGAAGAACCAGAAUCAGAAACCCGAUCGAACAUUGGUUGAGCUUACUGCGUUAGGUUUAGAACCGCCUCCCGACAUGCCAGAAGCGUUCAAGAAUGUGAUUGAAACCGUGGGUGGGUCUGAAAUAAAGCUGGUUAUACAAAAGUUUAUACAAGUUACUGAUUUGAACCCAUCCCAAAAUCGUUUGUCAAUGACUGUGAAACAAGUUAGGAUUAAGUUUUUGAGUGAAACUGAGGAGGAAAAAGUGAAGAACAAUGGAGUAAUAGAUGUUGUAUUCGUAGAACCAUGUCUUAAGGUAUCUAAGUUGCACUUAACCAAAUGGGACAUCGGAAAGACCUGCUCUGCUUAUGUUUUCAAGACCGAGUGGAAUGACAUUGUGAAGAACAAUGCCGACAGUCUCAAGCCAAAAGCGGUGGUGCAGAUUUGGUCGUUUCGCGUCGGACCGGAAUCAAAGCUUGGUUUUGCCAUGAUCAAGGUUAGAGACGGGGGAGAUGGUCACAUGGUCAAUUAGCCAAUGAAUUUAAGGUUCAAGUGGCUAAGAUUCUAACAAAUUAAUUAAUGUAACUGCUUAUGUUUUCAACCAUUAGUAUCCAGGUUUAGAUUUCUUUAUGUUUGGGUAUUCUUUUUGUAAUGGAAUUUACU